CAGUGACAAGCUGACAGCAGAGGAGAAGGAAAGAGAGAGGAGAGAGCGUGUUUAAUGUGGUACCAACAUGCCCUAACCGCUGCUCCACUACUGCAUAAAAAGUUGGAUGUAAAAAAACAAAACAAAAAAAGCUCCAUCCGCAUGCUGUGACCUCCACUUGCCUUUCUCUGCUGACCUGAGCUUGAUGGCAAACAUUGAUUCGAAAGACCCCCCUCCCCCCUACUACCCCACUUCAAUACACACCCUGCCUCCCCUCAAGUCCUAUGAGGAGGUUGUGUAUGGUGUCGGUCCAGGCCUGACACCCCUAAACCAUCCACGUUACAUCCCCCGCUAUCCAACACAUGUGGUUGUUCCCCAAGUCACAACAACAAGCACAUUCCCCAGCAAAAAGAGGAGGAGGUGCUGCAACAAUAAUGCACAGUGUUUUGGAGGCUCAGGGGGAAGCUUACUGGUGGUCGGCCUGCUGGCUCUUGCCAUCUGGCUUGGAGUUCGUUUUGGCACCCGCUUCGCACCAGGAGACUACUCCAACAACAAUCACAAUAGUCAAACUUUUGUGAACCCAAGUUCAAGGUUGGACUUCUGCCCAAACAAUACAGUGGAAUGUGACGGGAUAAGCGACUGCGAUUUUGAAACUGAUGAAACAAACUGUGUGAGGUUUAAAAGUGAUGGCCAGCUACAGGUCAAGACGGCUGAAGAUGGCAGCUUCCAACCAGUGUGCUACAGUGACUGGAACCAGAGCCACGCCAAUCAAACCUGUGCUCAGCUAGGAUUCAGAAACUCCUAUUCCUACAAAUCAACAACAGACACCACGUCUACUGCUCUGAUAAUGACCGGCAAAUCAUCAGUGCCUAUCCAGGGUCAAGUUAAAAUCAGUCCAUCCUGUCCAAACCAAAAGGUUGUCUCCCUGCAGUGCACUGACUGCGGUAAGCAGCAGUCCACAGCCCGGAUCAUCGGGGGGACCGCCGCUAAGUCGGGUCAGUGGCCUUGGCAGUUGUCGCUCCACCUCAGAGGAUCACACAUCUGUGGAGCAGUCCUGAUCUCUCCGGACUUUGUGCUUACAGCUGCCCACUGCAUCCCCAGUCACUCAACACAUGACUUGAAGGUGUAUGGCGGAGUGGUGUCUCUGAACUCGCUGCCUUCCCCCUACCUGGUGGAGAAGAUCAUCCUCAACCAUAACUACAACAGCACCACUCAUGACCAAGACAUCGCUCUGCUCAAGCUCAAGUCACCCGUUGUCUUCAACAAUAAAGUGCAGCCAGUUUGUCUGCCAGCUUUUGACUUGAGUUUUUCCCACGGAACCCGCUGCUGGACGACAGGCUUCGGCGUAACUGACGUGGACAAAGCCACUGUCUCCAGAGAGCUGAUGGAGGUGUUUGUGGGCAUCAUUUCUACAGGAUUGUGUAACAGCCGCCAUGGGUAUGCUGGUGAUGUGACCAGAAACAUGAUCUGCGCUGGGACCCUUCAGGGAGGCCGCGACUCCUGUCAGGGUGACAGCGGUGGACCUCUCAUGUGUGAGAGUGGGAACCGUUGGUACCUGGUGGGGAUCACCAGCUGGGGAGACAGCUGUGGUCUGAAAAACAAGCCAGGUGUUUACACCAAAGUCACUAGUCUCCUUCCCUGGAUCUACAGCACAAUGCAGCAAGAGAAACCAUGAUGGCUUAGACGACUGGUCGAACAACCGUUCCUCUUCAUCAAUCAUCCUGCACUAUGAAGUCAUCUCUGAGAGGCGGAUAGAUUUUACACUUCCAAGAAUGAAGUGAUGAGAAAAACACUAAUCACUGCACUGACUUCAGUCUCGCUGUCUUGAUUUAAUUCUUCUGUGUCUUGGGUUCUCAAUCAAGCUGUAUACUCAUGUUUACCUACAUUUUUUAUAAGCUUUACAGAUGGCUGGCCCUUCUUUCAUAUGGUCUGUGUCGAUGAAACACAGUCCACUCUGUUGAGAUCUCCUCAUGGCUAGAGAGUGAAAAUUAUUGUAGAAGUGUGUUUUGUUCUCAGGGACACAUCUCAGGCUUUUUAAUAUAAACUAUUGUUUACCACAUAAACAAAAAAGAAGGACACUUUAUGUAUUCACUUUGUGAUGAAGGAAAGCAUUGGCACUCUGUGCAGCUAAACCUCCCCUUUUUUAUGCACUGUGAAUCUUUUCUGAUAUUGUACGUCAAUGUCUUUGUGAUUUCUCUAGUUCCAUGUGUAUGUGCAGUGGUCGUGUUGACUAAUACAAUUUUCUAUUUGUGUAAUGAGUGGGAUCACCGAGCUGAGCAUACACAAAAUAAAGAUGAAGGAAAAUCA